AUGCAGUGCCAACUCCAAGGUGUGCAGGAAAAAUACGGAGCGCUGCUGACAAAGCUUGAUGAAACACUACACAAAUAUCAAGAGCUGCUUCAAGACCAAGAACAACAGGAAAUAAAGCAGAAAGAAAACAAAGAAAUUCUCCAGGACUUUGAGACGAAAAACCAAAACCUGCAAAAACUUUAUAACAAACUGAACUACAAAACAACUGAACUAGAAGAGGAAAAGGAAAAACUGCAAAACCAAUGCUCAGAGAUGCAGAGUAAGCUCAAUGACAUGCUGAGAAAAAACACAGAACUCGAGGAACUUUCAGACAACUUGAAGUGCAAAAACACUGAGAUGCAGGUGCUAAAGCAACAACUAGAGAAAACAAACGAAGACCUGCAGUGUACACUUCAGGAAAUCGAGAGGAGAAGUCAGCAGUCAGAAGACACGCACAACAAAUUACAACAGAAUUAUACAGAGCUGGACGAGGCAAAGCUAAUGCAGGAG